AAAUUUUACCCGAAUAAACAUUUUAAAUAAAUUGCUUUUGUUCCGAACGUAAAUCGCGUUUUGGACACUUAAAAUAUACCCGGACAUUACGUGUCAUCGGCAGAAUCAACAAAAGCCGGGGAAACACGACACUUCCAAGGAUCGUUUCUUGAGUUCUCCAUUGGCUAAUCACACGACUCGGAGCUGUUUCUGAUUCCCCUUUCGGUCCACUGUUUAGACUUGCUGUUACCAACAAAUUGUUUCGGGUUUAUUUAGUCUUUCGGUUUUGUACAAAGAAAGCAGACUCCGCAUUUUUUUUGUUUUAUUUUUUUUGAACACACAUUUUACGUUAUUACAUGAAACAUUUUUGAACCUUUUUGGACACCUGAUAAACCUCCGAAUGUGGCAACUCAAAAUUAAUUAAACCAGUUUAAAGAACCAACACGCACAGUACACAAGUAAACGCAUCGUUUUUAAGCAACAACAAAAAAACAACAAAAUUGUGUAGAUAAUAUCGCGUCUAUAUAUAGUAGAUAUAAAAUACUAUUUCGAGCAAUAUGCGUGGACAACUGCUGCUGAAGGGACCUGCAUUGGCGAGGAGCCUGAGCCGAGUGCGAGUGAGUGUCCUGCCGCAGAUUGGACCGGUCCGUCAUGUGACCGCCGGCUGUGGAGCGGGCGAUGCCGUCAAGGGCGGCAAGGGCAUCGUCCUGGGCCUCUACGAAAAGGAAUCGGGCAAGGGUCCUCGACUCACGCCCGCCGGCGAGAAGUUCGACGAUCGUGUUCAGGGCAAACUAUCCGAGUUGGUCUGCGAAACGAAACUCACGGGUCGUCUGGGUCGCGGCAAGGUCUUCAACAAUGUGGACGCCGAUUUCCGUUCCAUUUGCGUGGUGGGCGUGGGUCUGGAGGGCAUUGCCUUCAACGAACUGGAAAUGCUGGACGAGGGCAUGGAAAAUGUGCGAAUAGCAGCCGGAAUUGGUGCCCGAUCGCUGCAGGCCAUCGGCUGCUCCGAAGUGCAUGUGGAUAAUAUGGACUAUGCCGAGCAGGCGGCCGAAGGUGCCGCUUUGGCCAUCUGGCGGUAUGAGGAGAAUCUGGCCAAGAAAUAUCGCAGCACCAUACCCAAGUUGGAGCUGCAUGGAUCGCCCGAUGUGGAGUCCUGGACAAGGGGUCUCUUUAAGGCGGAGGCCCAGAAUUUGGCCAGGCGACUGUGUGAUGCCCCCGCCAAUUGUAUGACGCCCACAAUGGUGGCCCAGGCUGCCGUGGAUGCCCUGUGUCCCUGCGGCAUUACCGUGGAGGUUCGCACCAUGGAGUGGAUCGAGCAGCAGCAUCUGAACUCAUUCCUGAUGAUUGCCAAGGGCAGUUGCGAACCACCCGUCCUCCUGGAGGUGGCCUACUGCGGCACUGCCCCCGAAGAUAAGCCCAUAUUGCUGGUGGGCCAGGGGAUUACCUUCAACUCUGGCGGUAUCAAUCUGCGUCCUUGCAAGGGAAUGGAUGAGUUCAGAGGCGAUCUCACCGGUGCCGCUUCCAUUUUGGCCGCCAUGCGAGCAGCUGCGGCAUUAUCACUGCCCAUCAAUAUCACCGCCGUGAUACCACUUUGCGAAAAUCUUCCCUCUGGCAUGUCCUGCAAGCCGGGCGAUGUGGUCACCCUGCUCAAUUCCAAGUCGCUGGCGGUGAGGAACAUCAGCAGAACGGGAGUGGUGGUCAUAUCGGAUCCCAUGCUUUAUGGCCAGAUCACGUACAAGCCGCGACUCGUCGUCGAUGUGGGCUCCAUGUGCAAGGGCGUGAAGAAGGCGGUGGGCGGUGGCGCCACAGGGAUCUGGUCGAAUUCGCAUUACAUCUGGAAGCAAUUCCAGCGGGCUGGAUCCCUGACCGGCGAUCGCCUGUGGCGGUUCCCAUUGUGGCGCUACUACAAGGAUCGUGUGGCAGAGCACCUGAGCUUCGAUCUGCUGAAUGAUGGCGAGGGUUAUGCCUCCUCCUGUCUGGCGGCUGCUGUCCUCCAUGAACUGGUGCCCUGCAGCGAUUGGGCCCACCUGGACACCUAUGGCACUGGACUACUGAGCACCUAUGGUCUGAUACCCUAUCUCACGGCUGGAAGGAUGACUGGCAGGCCAACAAGGACACUGGUGCAGUUCCUCUACCAAAUCGCCUGCCCCGAACAGCCCAAAUAGUUCGGUGUUGCAAAUACUUUCGAUGUCGGAUAAUAUGACUACGAUUACGUUUUGGUUGGUUCUUUGACAGGCGACUCGUUAAGACCCCGGACAUUGGAUGUUUGGCUUCAACUGUAUGUAGAUGAGAGAUGGUGAUGUGCUCAUCGCCCAACGUUUUAUCCCCUUGACUGAAGUUCCCGUACCAGGGACCAGACCUCGUUCUAUGUUUCUAUUUAAUGUUUAUGACUCGGCCGCAUCCCGGGGCUGAGUUGGCUGGCAGAGAGUGUCUCGAGUCCAAAAACAUCCAAAUUGACACAGAUAAAUCAUUGUAUUAUCCAUUCAUAAUCACUUUCGGCUUGCAACCAAAUGUAAUAAAUUGUAGGGUCCUUAAAAGAA